CACCACGCCGGAGGCAGCGUUCCUAAAAAGCUGAAGCCCAGGUGAGCUCAGCACACACGGAGCAUGGACUCACUGCGUCUGCCACAGUCAAUGGCUGCUCAAAACAAACGCACAGAAGACCCCGAGGAGAGACAUGGAAAUGAAAGCAAAGAGGUCAAAGCGAGCCUGGCUCACUCCACUGUGACUCUGAUCCAGGACGAGCCGGAGGAGGUCGACCCCUGGGACAUGCCCGAGCUGAAGGACACGGGCGUCCCAUGGUCAGCUCUGGACACCAGAGGGAAGGUGUUGAGGGUGUUGGUGUCGGUGGGGAAGCUCAUCCUGCUGCUGGGUUUCCUCUACAUCUUCAUCUGCUCGCUCGACGUCCUCAGCUCAGCUUUCCAGCUCGUUGGAGGUAAAGCAGCAGGUGACAUCUUCCAGGACAACUCGGUUUUGUCCAACCCUCUGGCUGGUCUGGUCAUCGGCGUUCUGGUCACCCUGCUGGUUCAGAGCUCGUCCACUUCUUCCUCCAUCGUUGUCAGCAUGGUCUCCUCUGGACUGCUGACGGUCCGGCUGGCUGUUCCCAUCAUCAUGGGAACCAACAUCGGCACCUCCGUCACCAACACACUGGUGGCCGUGACGCAGGCUGGUGAUCGCAGCGUCUUCCGCAGGGCCUUUGCAGGGGCCACAGUGCACGACUUCUUCAACUGGCUCUCUGUCCUGGUGCUGCUGCCUCUGGAGGUCGCCACCGGUUAUUUGUACGUGGUCACCAAGCUCAUCAUCGACUCCUUCAAAAUUCAGAGCGGAGAGGCGCCCGACCUGUUAAAUGUGAUCACUGACGUCGUCACUGAGUCAAUUAUACAGCUGGACGAGUCGGUCAUCAGUGGGAUUGCCACCGGAGACCCAGAAGCCAGGGAUAAGAGUCUUAUCAAGAGAUGGUGCCAAACCUUCACCAACACGACCUUAAUGAACGUCACAGUUCCCGGUCCAGAGAACUGCACAUCUCCGUCUCUCUGUUGGGUCGAUGGCAACUACACCUUCACACUGAAGAACAUUUCUGAAACAUACAAUGUCCAAAAAUGUAAACACCUCUUUGUGAAUGGGAAUCUGCCUGACCUGGCAGUAGGUCUGAUCCUGCUGGCUUUUUCUCUGCUCGUGUUGUGCUCCUGCCUCAUCCUCAUCGUCAAGCUGCUCAACUCCAUGCUGAAGGGGCAGGUGGCCACAGUCAUCAAGAAGAUCCUUAACACCGAUUUCCCGUUCCCCUUCGGUUGGGUCACAGGUUACAUCGCUAUUUUAGUCGGAGCUGGAAUGACCUUCAUUGUGCAGAGCAGCUCGGUUUUCACAUCUGCUAUUACUCCACUUGUUGGUAUUGGUGUCAUCAGCAUAGAAAGGGCGUACCCAUUGUCUCUGGGUUCAAACAUUGGCACGACCACCACGGCCAUCCUGGCAGCGAUGGCUAGUCCUGGAGACACUCUGGCAAACGCUCUGCAGAUUGCCCUCGUGCACUUCCUGUUCAACAUCUCCGGCAUCCUUCUGUGGUACCCGAUCCCCUUCACCCGCGUCCCGAUCUGGUUGGCUAAACGCCUGGGAAACAUCACUGCCUCCUACCGCUGGUUUGCCAUCGUCUACAUCGUCUGCUGCUUCUUCGUUUUACCGCUCUUCGUCUUCAGCCUGUCGCUGGCUGGCUGGAAGGUGUUGGUAGGCGUGGGCGUCCCUUUGCUCAGCAUGCUCCUCAUCAUCAUAGUGAUCAACAUGCUGCAGAAAUGGAAACCCGGGUGUUUGCCUGCAGUGCUGCGAUCCUGGGAUUUCCUGCCUCUCUGGGCUCACUCCCUGGCUCCCUGGGACAAAGUGGUUGGUGUGAUUACGGCCAAAUGCUGUUGCUGCUGUAAAUGCUGUCAGGUUGCAGCUGAUGACGAGCAACACAGAGAGGUAGAACCUGUGGAAAAGAACCAGAAAGCACCAACAGAAGCGUACGAUAACCCUGCAAUGAGUGCAGAGAAGGAGGUGGAAAACGAGAUGAAGAUAGAGCUGAAGAUUCUGAAAAUGAGCCGGCUUUGAAAACACUCCACCUUUAGGCAAAACUCUAACAUUUCUAUAAUAUUUAUGUAUUUACUUUUAGUAGG